UUUGCGAUAAUAUAAAUGAUUUUGUAGCAAAGAAAUUAUAUACAAACACCUGCGUACGUCGUUUAAAUUUCACGAGCUGUUAGCGUUCCUUAACACUUGAUUGUUUAUCACAGAGAAAUGUAAUCCAGUCAUUAUAUUCUCUGAGAAAGCAAUGCACCUAUUAUCAUUCUCAUGUAUUUAUUUUUAAAGUUGGAAGAAGCUAUUUAUGAAAGAAAAAUUGUGUUGUUUUUGAUGUGGAGUUAUUUUCAAAGAUCUUUUAGGCAUUACAGAAAAAAUAGCUAAAUGUUUUUGCGCUGCAGGAUUUAUCAUAAUGACAAUGACAACAGUGUUGCCAUCGCUGUCAUCAUCAUCAUCAUCAUCAUCAUCAUCCUCAUCCUCAUCCUACUUUUCAUCCUCCUCAUCACCAACAAUUUCCACAACGAAUUCUUUGAACUUAACUAAAGUAGGACACGAUUUGAACAAAACUUUUGCAUUAACAAUAUCAAUAUACUUUAUAAUUUUAAUCAUAGUUGGUACAAUAACCAACGUCCUGUUGAUAACCACCAUAGUCUGCAGAAGAAAGCUACAUACAACAGCAAACGCAUUGAUCGUCAAUCUAGCAAUAUCAGAUCUUCUCGUGACAGUUGUGGUUGUUUCGUCUGAUGCGGAAUUCAUUUUACUUGGACAUUAUCCUCACGGGCAAUUGUAUUGUGGUAUUAAAGAAGUUACCUUGAUGUUUUGGUUGCCAUUAUCCGUUUACAAUUUGCUGUUGUUGACAAUAGAACGUUUUGUCACCAUCAAAUGGCCUUAUCAAAAAAGUAGAAUAUUCUCAAGAAUCAAUACAGUUAUUCUUGUAUCUUUCGUUUGGUGCUAUACCAUUUCGGUUGGCAUAUUUCCUAUUUUUGAUGGUACCGAUGUUGUUUAUGCACAGCAAGGUUUUUGCUGGAUGCGGAUAACGUCCAAUUAUAUUGUAUAUCAACUCUGUGCAAAUUUUUUACCUCCUUUGCUAUGUAUCAUCGUACUGAAUAUAUUGUUAUUCAAAGUUGCAAGUAAACAUGAAAUUGCAAUUCGAAAUCAAACCCAAACAUCACAACAGUAUCCUUCAUUGAUCUUCUUUCUUGCUGAUAUUAAAGCAACCAAAACAGUGAUGAUGCUUGUCGGGACGUUUUCCUUUUGUUGGUUGACAUUUAUUAUUUUGGUCACUACCAAUUUUCUUUGCAAUAUUUGCCAUCCUAGAGAACUAACCUGGACUGGGAAUGCGAUAAAUUACUUAUCCAUCGCGACGAAUCCUCUCUUGUAUGGAUUGAAAAACAAAGCAUUGCGUACGGAAUUUUUGAGAUUUAUUCGAGACGUUUGUAUAAAGUUAGCGGUGAACAAAAACAAUCGAAGCAGCUGGAAUGCCUCACUUACCCUUCACAAAUCCUUGUUUGUGUCACAUACUAACACAAGCAGUCAGCGAGCAAGUACAUAUGCCGAAUCUGAAACAUUUAUUUGAGAAAAAAUAUUUUAAUCUUAUUUUAACUGUCUGGAAAUUAUUAUUGUACAUGAUAUACAUACCCAACUUAA